AUGUAUUUAGCACCAACCUGUGAAACUGUAUGUAGCCCCAGGAGGAGCAUGGAGCAGGGCAAAAAGACCAGAUUUAAGCUGAUUCGUGCUUGGUCAUUCAACGGAAAGUCUGCGAAGAUUGGCAGCGCCUUGAAGAAGUUAUCCAUAGGUUCCCUGGAUGCAGACUUCAUGGAUACGCCCGCUCGCAAGGUUCACAUCUGUGACUCGCCCCUGGAAACUCCGGACACCGACAAGAGAUUGCUCAAGACGGGGGACAAGACUAUCAUGUCUGGAAGCAAGCAUUCCAAGCGGGAGUCCUUGAAGGAGAAGAAGAAAAGCUACAGAAGCCAGAAAAAGGAAGUGGCCAGGGAGAUGAUGAAUUCUGCAUCUGACAAAUCCUUUGUUCUGAUGUCUGAUUGGCUGAAAGUUCGGGGAACACUGAAGGGUUGGACCAAGUUGUGGUGUGUCUGCAAGCCAUCCAUGCUGAUCAUCUACAAGAGUGAACAAAUGAAGACUCACCAUUGGGUUGGUACCAUUCUGUUGAAUACCUGCCAUUUGCUGCAGAGACCAUCCAAGAAAGAAGGAUUCUGCUUCAAGCUGUUUCACCCGUUGGACCAGUCCAUUUGGGCAACUAAGGGACCAAAAGGGGAGACAAUGGGAGCCUUUGUACAGCCACUUCCUGUGUCAUACGCCAUAUUCCGAGCUCCAUCAGAGAAUCAAGGAAAAUGUUGGAUGGAUGGACUAGAAAUAGCCUUACGCUGUACCGGUCUCAUUAAGCGAACUACCUCACGGACAGAUGACAUCACCCAUGAACUUUCUGUGGCCCUGACUUCGGACCUGUCAUGUACGUUGCCUAGUGACCUUAGUUCCAGUCCAGCAGAUGAUACAGAGGAAGCUACAGAAGAAGCUGAGGAGCCACUGGAACACUUUAGUGAUGAUGACGAUCAUUCCAGUCUCGGGAUGAGUGGGUCAGACUUUGAGCUAUCAGCAGUGGACAAACCACAGAACAUCCCCAAGGUGGAGGAGACUGUCUAUGUUUGUAGUGAAGUCGAGGAGCUAGGUCAGCAAGGAGAUGCCAGUCAGACAGAGGAAGUUGAUGAUGAGAACAGAAGCCUGAUCUGGACCCUUGUCAAACAGGUGAGACCUGGCAUGGACUUGUCUAAAGUGGUUCUACCAACCUUCAUACUCGAACCCAGGUCUUUCCUAGACAAGCUGACAGACUACUACUAUCAUGCAGACAUCUUGUCCCAGGCUGUGCAACAAGAGACAGCCUUGGAGAGGAUGAAGAUGGUGGUCAAAUGGUACCUCUCCGGUUUCUACAAGAAGCCAAAGGGUCUGAAGAAGCCCUAUAACCCAAUCAUUGGUGAGACCUACCGCUGCUACUGGACUCACCCACAGACCAACAGUCGCACAUUUUACAUUGCUGAACAGAUUUCUCAUCACCCGCCAAUCUCUGCCUUCCAUGUUACAAACAGGCAUGAUGGAUUCAACAUUAGUGGCUGUAUCCUGGCAAAGUCCAAGUUUUACGGCAACUCCAUCUCUGCCAUCCUGGAUGGUGUGGCCACUCUGACUUUCCUUGAGCGUGGAGAAGAUUACCUCAUAACCAUGCCGUACGCUCACUGUAAAGGCAUACUCUUAGGCACCUUGACCAUGGAAAUGGGUGGCAAAGUGACCUUGAACUGUCCCAAAACUGGUUACCACUGUGACCUUGACUUCAAGUUAAAGCCAUUUUUUGGAAACGGUGAGUCAGCCAAUCGUAUCACAGGCUGCAUUCGAAUGGGCAGUGAGGUGUUGUGUACGUUUGAAGGGCACUGGGACCAGCAGAUCUUCAUCAAGGAGCUCACAAACAGGGACCGAGUUCUUUUCUGGGACCCUAAUGCUGAUGUCCGAGCUGGACGCUUGAAGAAGUACACAGUUCCUCUUGAUUUACAGUGGGACAAUGAGUCCCAGAGAUUGUGGAGGAAAGUCAGUGAAGCCAUUGUGGAACAGGACAUGCACAAGGCAACAGACGAGAAACAUCGGCUAGAGGAAAAACAGCGAGCGGAAGCAAAAGAUCGACACAACAGUCAUCAGGAGUGGGUUCCAAGGUGGUUCACACUGGAUUCUGUCAGCAAAAAGUGGGUCUACAAACAUGCAGAUUUGAGACCCUGGGAUCAGAUGACCGACUGUGUCCAGUAUGAGAAAGAUUUUAUCAUCAGGACACAGACGGUCCACACUGUGCCCCAGGUGUGGCGGUCACCUGUGGUAGGUCAGGUCAGGGGCCAGGACUUCAACUCUCACAGACUCCCGGCUGCAGACGACAGUUACUCCUCCGAUAAUAAUGCUGCAGAAUCUGAUGACACAAGAUAUCAGAGCACCAAACGACUGACAAAUUCAAGCAAAUUGAGUGUUCAUUCAGACACAAUAAAAGAAAGGACACAUCGUGCCCAGCAAAAGUUUUCAGAGAAUGUUACCCACACUUCUCAUAAAACCAGCCCCAAGCCAACGCACAGAAAGUUGACCUUCAGUCAGCUCGGCACAAAUGAGAAAAGGUCAGACAAGGUAGACCACUCUCAACUUCUUCAUAAUUCUGGUGCUGUAAAUGAUGUGAGUGUUAAACAUGCUGAAAGGAGGAAUAAGGAAAGUCCUUUACAGGAAAAUCAUGAUAUAGACUUAAAUGUUUCAUGUGACAGAGCACAUGCAUUUUCAUUAGAUACUCUGCAUGCUGCCUCUGUGCCUAGCACACAGCUGUACUCACAAUUAUCCAGGAGCAGAAAGGCAGGCGUCGCCAAGGACAUACAGACUUUGUCCGUGGUGGCUGAGAUGCAACAUGAGAUGCACCAGAUACUGAAUGAUCUGACCACCAAAGUGGCCAGUAUUCAAAGACUUCAGACAGACCUUAUUCAUUCAAAACAGCUGCAGGACCAUGCAGACAGACAGAGAGGUGGUGGCAUUUUCCAGGAGUGGGUGCUAGUUGCUGUGAUUCUGGUGUUUCAGACGCUCUUGCAGUGGUAUUUCUCUCAUUGA